AUGCUUAAUAAUUGUGGAGAAUUCUUAAGAAGAAUUGACUAAUUUGGUGCUAGUUAUAAACCUAGUUAUGCAUAUGGAGAAGUUCAAUACAAAACUUCUUUAGGAGGAUUGCUUUCAAUUCUUUUAUAUGGAUUAAGUUUAGCUUAUUUAGUAUAUGAAAUGGUAUUGUGGAGAUCUGGGAGAAUAUUACCAAAAAUAACAUCUUUACAUACUGAAAUUGAAACCUAUUAAUUAUCUUUUGAUAAAGUAACUGUAGCAUCUUUUUGUUUAAGAAGACACAAAAGUAUUAAAGAUUAAAUUGAUCCUUUUGAUCCUAAUAAUAUUGUUUUAUUACCAAUGUUAUAUGAAGUAAUUGAUGAUGAGAUUUAAGAACCAAAGCCGUUACUUUCAACAAAGAAAUCUAAAAAACAUGAAACUAUAUUAAUAGAGCUUAAAGAUAUUGUAUUGUCAAAUAAUGAACAUGAAUCAGUAGAUCAUCCAAAUAAGGAAUAUAUGCUUAUAUUGUAAUAAUGCAUUUAGAAUCUCUUACCUUAAGGAUGGUAUUGUGCAAAUGAAGAUACAAUUAAGAAAUUCUUUAAUCAAAAAUAAAAUUAAUUGACCAUUCAAACAUUUGUUAAUUAAUUUAAUACAUCUACAAGAUAAUUAGAUGUAGUUGAAUAAGAUUAUUUUGCUUCAAUUGAUAAUAAAACUACAUAUUUCAGUUAAAUAACUAUAUGUACAUCAAAUGUAUCUAUAGACACUGGGUUUUUAUUGGAAAGUAUAGAAAUGAUGGAAUUUCCAAGUUCAACUUAAUAAUAUAUUUAAUAGAUGGAUCUAGAUUAUUUUACUCACACUUUUAAUGAGGAAGUAUAUGUUGUAUUUGAAUUUGAGUUGGGAACUUUGUAAUAAACAGUAUUUAUUGAAUAUCCAAAAAUAUCUGAAGUUCUUGCAAAUAUUGGAUCUAUAAUUUCAUUCUUUUUAUUCUUUUCACAUGUUGCUUAUAUAAUAAAUGAGAAGAAUUUGGAAUUAAAGGUAGUAAGAACUUUAAUUGAGAUGUACUAUCCUUAAAUGAAAUAAAUUACUUUCAUUAAGAAUUUCUUUGGUAAAGUUAUUGAAAUCAGGUAUCAGAAUUCGAGAGUAGCACUUUCAUUUUUAGAUACUUAUAAGAAGUUAUUAAGAAUAGCUUCUGCAAAAUUAUGUUUAACAAAUACUCUUUAUGAAAUUUCAAGGUUAUAAUUCAUCCUUAGAUCAAUAACUGAAAAGGAAAUACUUAGAAAUUGUCAUGAAAUUGGAAUUAGAUUAAAAUUAAUUGAAAUUGAAUCAGAUGUUGAGAAACAAAAUGCUAUAAAAAUAGAUAAUAAUAAUUAAGAAUUAAGAUAAGAGGUUAUUGAUAAUAAUUCAAUUGAUGAUCAAAAUAAUAAUAUCUUAAAAAUUGUAAUUAUUUAUCUUUUAUUAUUUUAGAUACCUUAAAAUUUAGUAGAUGUACCUUAAUAGAUUGUAUAAUUCUAAUAAUUAAAUCAAUCACAAAGUCUAUUCUUGGGAAAGAAUCUACAUAUACAAGAAUCUAUAGAUGAUGAAUUGAAAUUGACUGAUGAAGAUUUCUAUAUCCUUAUGUAACAAUAACCGAAAAUAAAGGAUUUAAAUGCUAUUGAAUUAUAUGAAACUGUAACACCAAAAGCUUAACCCUAGAAUAAUCAAAAUAAUUCUUCUAAUUGA